AUGACUAUCUCAACUAGUGAUCUCGCCUUGGCUGAGAAGCAGAUUGUCUACGAUUAUCAGACAAAAGAAAAAGUCACCAACGAGGAGUUCAAGCUAUGGAAGAAACUGGUGCCUGUGUUGUAUGACUAUAUUCAUACUCAUGCCUUAGAAUAUUCAUCUUUAGCAGUGAAAUGGCUUGAAGGGUAUUCUGUUUCUGAUGAUACUUCCAAAAUUAAGGUUAAGUUUUUAUAUGGUACUAACACUUCAUUGAAUGCUCCAGAUUAUGUUAAAUUGGGUGAAUUGGAAAUACCUGCUACCUUAGCACCUGGUCAUACCAAGCCAUUACCUGUACCCCUGGAAGAGGAAUAUACCAAAAGUUCUUUCAAUAUUGUUAGUGUGUGGUCUCAUCCUGGUGAGGUCAACUGUUUAAGAGUAUCACCAGAUUCCACCAAAUUUCUUACAUUUGAUAAUCAUGGACUGGUUCAUAUGUUUAAUGUCAACUCUUCAGAAGAUACCGAAUUCAGUCAUCAUAAAUUAGAAGGGUUUGCUUUGGAAUGGAUAGAUAAUUCCAAGUUUUUAUCUGGGGCUAAUGAUUCUCAGAUUGCAUUAUGGGAUGUUAGCAAACCAUCUACCCCAAUCCAACUUUUCAAAACUCAUGAUGCCGUAAUCAAUGAUAUCUCAUAUAAUCAACCAGGACAAAACAUUUUUGGUUCAGUUUCUGAUGAUUAUUCUACUCAAAUCCAUGAUAUUAGAGUUGUUGAUAAUAGUAAUCAUUUAAAUCCAGUGAUCAAGCUUACAAACUCCCAUAUACAAAACUCGUUUCAAUUUCAUCCAGAAAUCAAAACAAUUUUUGCACAAGGGGGCAAGGAUAAUAUAGUAUCCAUUUAUGAUAUGAGAAAUACCAAUAAACCCAUUCGGAAAUUGUUUGGUCAUACAGAUAGUGUAUUUGGAAUAUUAUGGGAUAAACAUAAACAUGGAGAUUCCUUAUAUUCAUGGGGGUUGGAUCGUCGAGUUUUAACUUGGAACUUGAAUAAUUUGGAUGAAGAGUUUGUUUAUCCUACAGAUGUUAAUGAAAACUCCAGACGUAGAAAUAACAUCACCAAGGUGGAUCCAUGUUUGGAGUUUAUUCAUGGUGGCCAUACCAAUAGGGUUAGUACUGUUGAUAUUCAUCCUCAAAUCAGUGACUUGAUGAUUUCUGUUGGAGAUGAUACGUUGUUGGAAGUAUACAAGCCCAAACAUAUUUUUGAAGAGGAGGACGAUGAUGAAAGUGAAGAGGAAGAGGAGGAGGAGGAAAAGGAAAAGGAAAAGGAGAAUGAAAAGAAUGAAGAAAAGAAUGAAGAAAAGAACGAAGAAAAGAACGAAGAAAAGAACGAAGAAAAGAACGAAGAAAAGAACGAAGAAAAGAACGAAGAAAAGAAUGAAGAAGAGAACGAAGAAAAGAACGAAGAAACAACUGAUAAAGAGAUUAAAGAUAUAAAGCAAGAAAAUUAUGGAAACGUUGAUAAUAAUGAAGAAAAAGAAGUCAAAGACUCAUCGCUAAAGGAUGUUGAAGAAAAGAUAAUUACAGAGCUCGGUACUAAAGUUGAAGCUGCACCAGAGACCAUGGAAAUAGAUGAGAAGAUUUCUGAAGAUGUUGAAAUGAAAUAG